GUUUGAGCAGUACACUGCUGGACGCCAUACUCAGCGCUUGUGAAUUUUUUACUGUCUAAAAAAAAAAAAAAAAUAAUAAAAAAAAUAAAAAAAAUAUGCAGUAUCUAUGAAUCUCGCAUUCAUUGUUAUUAAAAGUGAUUUUUAUUAAAAAAGUGUCAAAAAAUUUUGUUUUCAAUAAUGAUGUUUUGCCAUCGGUAACAAAAAUUUCUAAAGGAUCAAGGAACAGAAUGACGUCCGAACGGUUUCACAAAGCUGCACGCGAUGGCGCCUUAGACAUCUUAAAAGAAACAACAAAAAAGGAUUGUAACGCACGGGAUGACGGAGGAAUGACCCCUACAUUAUGGGCAGCCUUUGAAGGUCAUAUAGAUGCUCUGAGACUGCUCGUCGCCAGAGGGGGUGAUCCCGACAAAACCGAUUAUUUUGGUAAUACAGCCCUUCACCUGGCGGCAGCAAGGGGUCAUGAAUUUUGCGUCAAGUUCCUCGUGAAAUUUGGUUGUAAUAUUUGGUCCUUAGACAUCGAUAGACAUUCAGCUAGAGAUUUAGCUGCUAUAAAUGGAAGAGAAAUGACUCUUCAGUUUUUAGAUCUUGCUCAAGCCGAUCAAGAAUUAAAUAAUCGCAAAAAAAGUCGUCUACUUCGAGAAAAAGCAGAAAAAGAUGCUGAAAAAAGGUUAAAAGAAUAUAUGAAAAAACAAAAAAUGGCAGAAAUUCGAGCUGAAAAGGAACAAAAAAAAUUAUCAAAAAAUCGAACAAAAUUGGAUUUAAGUACGGUUGACGAAAUCGGUAUUCUACCUCACAAACAUACUGUGUUGACCUUCAAAGGUCGAGUAAAACCUUCACCAACCUUCAGCGAUAUCGUCGGCACUACCACCAAGAAACAUGGUAGUGCAGUAUGUAAAAAAGCUUUAGCAAAAAAAGCCGUUGAUGAUUUUAAAGUAGUAGAGAUUGAAGUAAAUGGAAAAAAAUCGAUACGUAGUCUCACUGGACUUAGAAGAGAUUCUGAAAUAAUGUAUGUAGGGACUUAUGAAACACAAAAUCAACAAAUAGGAAAGAGAGGAAAAAUUUCGGAUGUUUGGGGUACAUUAAGCAAAGCACAAAGCACUCCUGAUCUCUUAGGUGAUCGAUCCUUCGAUGAUGAUAUAGAGCAAGAUAAUAGAGAAGAUAUAAAUGAUAUAAAAGAUAAUGUCUUAUUACAAGAACCAGCGAGUAUUUUCAAUCGACCUGGUUUUGGAUCAGUAGCAUUUCGAAGAGCAAUAACUACUACUUUCGAUAACCUACCACUCUCGCAAGUGGAUACACAUGAACAAAACGGUAACUCUUGCGUGAAUGGUUCCGUAAAUGGAUCUAUAAAUGGUCAUAGAAUCAAUGGGCACAACGAAGAAAUCAGCAUAGGAAGUGCAGGUAGUUUAGCUCGUCGGCAAAACAUGUGGGAUGAUGAUUUACUUUCAGAGGAAGAGACUGAUGAGGAAUGGACACCAUUGCAAAGAUUUUUAGUUGCCAACAAUUUAUCAUCAAUUCAUCCGGUUUUAGAAUCAGAACAAAUUGAUUUAGAAGCCUUGAUGUUAUUAACUGAAACUGACAUCGCCAUGCUUAAACUUCCACUUGGACCUAAAAGAAAAUUAAUGAAUGCUAUAGCUAACAGAAAAAGAGCAUUAGAUGCACCAGAAAAUAUUAUUAAAGAUAGCAGAUUAUGAAAUUCAAAAUAUUGAUAGAAAAACAUUAAUCUUAUUUUCGAAUAUUUUAAUUUUGUCUAAUAAAUUAUCUAAUUACUUACUAAUAUAUAUAUAAUUUUUAAUUCAAAUAUUAAAUGUAUAUAUCAAUAUAUAAAAAGUCGACAAAUUAUAUUUGAGUUUAUUUAGUCAAUGUAAAUUUUAUGUGAUUAUAACAUAUGUAGAGUCAUUUUAACUAUAUGAAUUUAUAAAUACAAUAAGAUUAUAUACAAUUUUUAUUAAAUCAAUUAAUUUCUAAUUAAAUCACAAGAUGACAUAUGUCAUUCUGUCAUUUUUUUUUUAUAAUAUUAAAAUAUUAUAAAAAAAAUUCAUUUAUUUCCAGAAGAAAUAUAGUUUUACAUAAGCCAUAAAAAUAUAAAUUAAUUCAAUACAUGUUGAAAUAUCAUAUAAAUAUUUUCAAUGUAAAAUUAUCUUAUCAUAUUUUAAUUCUUUUCUACUCUAUAGUGCCUUAAAAUAAUUAUACAUUUUAUUAAUCCAUAAUCAUAGAUAUGUCGUUAAAUAUUAUCAUUAUCAUAGAUAACAUUGAAAACUGUAUUAAUUUUAUAGUAUCUUGCAUAAAUUUUAUGUAUUCUUAAUUUUUUUCAUAUAUCAAAAUAUUAAAAUUAUUACAUUGAUUUACUCCAAUUAAUUGUAUUAUAAUAUUAUAUUAUAUUUAUUGAUAAAUAUUAAAAAAUUAAGUAAAAAAAAAAUAUAAAAAUCUGAACUUUUUAAAGUUUCACAUAUUGUUUAUCUACGAUUAUGGAUUAAAUUAAUCAAUGUAAAUGGAAAUGUAAAUGCCAAUAUAAUAGAAUAUAUUUUUAUAAACUAUUUAGACAAUAAGAAAUAAGAGUAAGAUAAAGAAAUUAUUUUUUUUCUUAUUGGUUAUACAAUGAAUUUUAUACAAAGUGUACAAAUCGAAUGCAUAAAAAUAAAACGUGUAAAUAUCACAAU